AAUCCUCUUUGGACGCUCUUCGCUCCGAGACAGACCCUAUCCUCCCGAACUUGCUCUCAAUCGUCAUCAACUGCCGCCGGAAGCCUCAUCCGUAGAUCUUUCCUGAUCUUUCCUUGAAACCGCGUCUCUUGCCGUGUACCGAGGACAGUCGAUCGACGCUCCGGCUCUUCCCGAACGGUGCUCCUGUCUGAUGUCGCUUCUCGAGUCGUCUGCUACAGCAUUGCAGCUCAUCUCCACAACCUCCCGCCGUCAGCUUGAACCCCCUCCCAAGGAAAGCGGUGUACGAAGAAUGGCAGCUCGAACUGCCGUACGGUCGGCGAGGGGUUUCAUGGAAGCAGCUCUGACGCUACUUGCGAUGGCAAGUUUGGUGGACGCUCAGAUGGACGUGAUGAUAUCGGACAAUGUUGAAAUUUGCUCGACUCUGACUAUCACAUGGGACGUGAGCAGCGGUAGCGCUCCUUGGACGCUGCUCAUUGCCCCAGUCAACUGGCUUCCGGUCACAGUCACAAUUCCUGCGUCCUACAUGUCUUCAUCAGCCCAGACUUGGUCAUACAAUUGGUCUGUCCCAGACUACUCGGAUACACCCCAAGUCAUUGCAGCUGUUUCGGACUCCUCUGGCAAGCAUUCUGGCGUUUCGGCGAUUACAGCCAUCUCUUCUGGCAGUGGAAGCUGCGCUGCCCCCAGCGAGGACCUUGACUUUGUGUGGUAUGGACCAACGGCCUCUCCUCGAACCUGCGGCAGCUGGAAGAUACAGUGGGCCGAGGAUAAAGGGAACAGUGGCAUCGUUGACCCAAUCCAAUUCUCCGUUCUGCCAGAAGGAGGUACACCUGUCACCUACCGGGCUGACAAGGGCGAUACCUCGUGGAAAAUGCCUGUGGAUUGGGUUCAGGGGACGAAGCUGAUCAUCGCCGCCUUUGAUGCGGGCAGCUCAGGCACCGGUGGAGUGGGCGACAUUUAUACGGUAGGCAGGAAUGCCGAAGACUGUGAUACGGGCAGUGGCUCGCCAACGGCUGGUCUGGUUGCUGCUUCAACAACAGCAUCUGCCGUGAGCACCACAUCGACGAGCUCUUCCCAUAAGAGCAGCACUAGCAGCAGUGAUGGACAUCGUACGUCUACGUCCUCUCAACAUCGAACUUCAUCCGCUGCUACGGCAUCUCCAAGCGGUAGUGUUGGCGGCUCUUCAUCAUCAACCUCCUCCGAUGCCGACGCAGCGGUCUCGAGCACCUCGAAGUCUACUUCGAGCGCCACAGUCGGAGCAGCUGCAGCAGCUGGUGCCAUCUGUGCCGUGGUGCUGAUAGGUCUAGCCUUCUGGUGGUUUCGAAGACGCCAAGCGAAGAGUGAGAGGCCAGAUGCUUUGGCCAACCUUGGGAACAGUAAAGGUCACUGGCCAGGCCUCGUCAAUGUGGUGCCUUGGACGAACAUGGAGGAUGACGAGAAGGACCGCAGUGGUGGUAAAGGGCACUAUAUCGAUGGGGAGGUCACUGUUGUUACAGUUGGCGAGGACCCAGCGUCCAAGUCGCCACGUGCAUCUCUCGACCCACCAGAAGCAAAGUACAGAGUCGCUCGAGGCCAUUCGUCACGACCUCCAAACGACCCACAUUUGCCCAGUGCCAAUGCAGCAGGCUCCUCCGCCCUGAAUACCGGCCACGUCUCGACGCUUUCUCUCAGCUCGCGAAACGCCUUUUUCGCUGCGCAAGAUAAUGCUGUGCUUCCCUCGAAUGAUCAGCAGCAGCAGCAAGCGGAUCAGCACUUUACGCAAAGUCCUGUCAAGCAUACACAGUACUCGCCGCUUCCCAAGCCUGCGAUGGACAAGGUGGUGCCGGACGCAAUGCUCUUCCCGCCGCCUCCGGUCAGAGCGGCAAUGAUGCAGUCGCCCAAGUUGGGCAGCACUACCUCGCCAGGGGACUCGCAUGGAGGAGCUGCCACGUCGCAGACAAUGCGGUCGGGCGCCGAGACAGGGACGGUGGUGACUACUACUCCCCCUCGGGCAAGGCAAGGACACGGCCACCAUCCCUCCAGCAGCACCUCUCGGGCGGCCCCUCUACGCUUUGGACCAAGUCCUCCACGCGCAGCUUGGGGUGGCCCAAAUCCUGCCCAGGGUGGCCUGACUGGUGGUUUGACUUACCAGCCGCCACCUCCGCAGAUCGACAAGCUAUACAAUGGCGCAGAUGCGCACAUCCUCACAGAGGAGCAGAUUGCUCAGCUGGGCGGAGGGGAGCGGCUGCCAGAUGCGAUUCCUUUGUCAGGCGAGUUCAAUGGUAGAGGAGGGAUGAGUCAGAUGCCCUCGAGUACUACCUUGCCAUAUUUAUAAGCGAGGGGGGAUACGAGGUGUCCCGGAGGAUUUAGGAACGUCGCCAAGAUACGUCUAGCGGGGCUAUCCGAGAUUGGGGAUGAUUCG